AGCAUCGGGCUAUCUUGACUAUGGCUCUAUGGUACCUUUUUUAAUAUGACUUUUGAUGAGCACCACACGUAGAAGCGGAAAAAUCACAAAUUGGAGGAAAAACAACGCGUUUAUUGAGUAAGCAACAAUGGCCAUACGUAUGCUCAGAGCUGAAAUGGAGAAGCUAAUGGGAACUGGUUAUAAUGGAGGAAAAAAACUAAAAUUUACUGAUCCCGAAGUUUGCAAAAACUUUUUGUGUGGUCUUUGUGCUUGUGAUAUGUUUGACAAUACUAAAUUCGAAACACCAAAGUGUACCAAAGUUCAUAAUGAUGAACUAAAAGCUAAUUUCGAAGAGGCCGUUGCUAGAGGUGAGAAGUAUGACUUUCAAAAGGAUUUUUAUUAUUAUCUUGAAGGUUUAGUAAAAGAAUGCGAACAGUAUAAGAGGAGCCAGUUAAGAAAAGUAGAGGAAACGAAUGCUGUAAAUAUAACGGUUGACGCUAUUAAUCAAGCAUCCGAAGUUGAGCAAUGCGCCGAACUUGCUACUGAAAUCGGAGAAAAACUAGCCGAAGCGGAACGGCUCGGCGAAGCGGGAGAGAUCGAUAAGAGUAUGGAACUUAUGCGCAUCGUAGAAGAUUUGAAGAAGAAAAAAGGAGCGUUAGAGGAAAAACUAAAAGCGAAUGACCCACAAAUUAAAAAACUUCGUGUAUGCGAUGUUUGCGGAUCUUUUUUAAAUAUUUUUGAUAACGACCGACGAUUGGCUGAUCAUUCAUCUGGAAAACUUCAUGCCGGUCGUUUAAAAAUUGCUACAAUAUUUAAAGAGUUGCAGGAAAAGGAUCAAAAAGAGAGAGAAGAACGAAGGAGAAAACGCGAACGUGAGACUCGAGAUUCUGAGAAAAGAAGAAACUAUCGAGACUCUCAUAAUAAAAAAACUCAUCGCCGCAGUCGCAGCCGAAGUCGAAGUCGCCAUCGCGACCAUGCCGAACCGGGCUAUCGUAAAGAAAAAAGCUCGAUUCGAAGUCCAACUCGCCCACGUGAUCGACGUCGUAGCCGCUCAUAACAAUUGGAACUAAAAACCAGGGGCCAAGGAAUUCUUAAUAAAAAAAACUACAAAGUAAACAGAAAGU